AUGAAAGAUAAAUUAUCCUCAGAAGUAUCAAAUAUGAUCAGUAAUGUCAAACAUACAAAUAUAAAAAGAAAUUUAAAUCGAAGUGAAAAUAAUGACAUUAAUAAAGUGAUUAAGCAAGAUAUUUCAGAAAGAAGAUUUUUAAAUUUGAAGAAACAUUCAAACAAUAUGAAUAUAGUUAGUAAUAAUAUUAAUUCACAAUGUCAUAUUUUGAAACCAUAUUUGACACAAUCGGAAAAUAAAAAUUAUAGUAAAAAUAUUUAUAAAGAUAAAUCUCUAUCCUUUUCAAAUAUUUAUGAAAAUAAAAAUACUUUUACUCCAAUACCAGUUGGAUGUUCUACAAUGAUAAAUGAUAGUGAAUUAGAUAUGGAAAAAGAAAUGCACUUUAAAAAUAUAGAAAAUCAGCCAUUUAACAUAAGUGAAAGUUCAAAAAGUUUUCAAGGAGAAAUUAUAUUAAGCAACAAAUCAUCAUUGAAACAGAACAUAAUAGAGAAUAUAAUAACUGAAUAUUCUUUAAUGCAAGAAGUGUCAAAAAAUAAUUAUGAACCAGAUUCUUUAACACAAAUAUCGCAACAGGUGGAUAUAAAUUAUACACCUCAAACUUUACAAAAUAAUUCUAAGGUAAAAAGUGUUAAUAAAAGCACAUGUCUAGCUGAAGUAGAAAAUGUAAAUACAAACCAAACCUCCUUAAAUGUAAAUACAUCUGUUGAUCAGAUAAGUAUUAAUAAUAAACAUAGAAAUAAAUAUAAACAAAAAAGUUGUAAGGAGAAAAAAUAUAGAAAUUCUGAAAAUAAAGAAAAACACAUACAUGCAGGAAGCUUAAAGAUAACACAGGAAAGUAUAAAUACUGUUUGCACUUCAUUACAGAUGAAUACAUCAUUAAAUACUUCAACUAGAUUGCAAUAUAAUGGUAAUAAAAUUGAUGUUUUGAAAACUCAUAAUAGUAAAGACAAUAAUAUUGUAAAUAGUCCAAUCGCUUUGAACAAUUCAUCUUGUAAUAUGUCACAUAUUAACUCACAAAAAUCUCUAAUCAUUAAAGAAAGAACUCAUACUAAUGAAACAGACAUAGAUCAAAAUAUGAAUUCUGUAUCGCUUUCUGAGAAAAAAGGAUGUAAAAGAAAGUUGUUUCCUUUGCGUGAAUCUUCACAAUUACUAUCAUUUUCUCCUAUGCAAAAUGAAAAAUACUUAUCUCAUCCGAACUCAAUAUGUAAAAAAAGACAUAAAAAAAGGACGAUCAGAAUUAAUAAACCAGUUAAUAUAAAUGAUACAGAAUGUACUGAUCAAAAUGAAAAUAAAAAUUAUGACGAAAGAAAACAAAAAAGGACAAAAAAUAUUGUUGUUAAGAAAAUUGUUAAUAAGGACAUUUUAAGGAAAUUAGGAAAAAAUACAAAGGAUAUGAAUAACUUAGAAGCAACAAAUAUUUAUAUUUCUGGAAGAAAUUCAUUAGAUGACUUUCAACCUUUACAAAGACCAUCAGUUGUACAAUUUAAAAAAAAAAAACAAAUACAUAAGCUAAAUAUUGUUACAACUGGUUUAUCUAAUGAAGAUAAGGACAUGGUUAAAAAUAUUGUAAGAGCUCUUGAUUCAGCAAAGAUUGAAUCAAGUGUUACAAAAAAUACAACACAUGUUGUAACAACAGGUGUGCGUACAAUAAAUCUAUUGCAUGGUAUUAUACGAGGCUGUUGGGUAGUUAGCCUUGAGUGGGUUUUUAAAUCUUUAGAAAAUAAUGCAUGGUUAAAUCCUGAAAAGUAUGAAAUGGUGCAUUUUUCAGAAGCAAUUUUGGAAAACCGUAAGAAUAGGCAACUAUUUGGAAAAUCUUAUAUUCCAGAAUUGUUUACUGCUUGUGGAUAUAUAUAUGUUGAAAAAAGUACAAUGCCACCUUGUAAUGUAUUAAAAGACCUCAUAAAAGCUGCUGGUGGUUUUAUUACUGAAAAUCCAGAAACAGCAAGGGUUUUGAUUGGUGUUAACGGUUUAAAAGAAACUUGGGUCUUAGAUAGUAUCACAUCAGGUGAAUUACAACCACAUAAUCAAUAUCAACGAACCAAGAUAUUGACCCAUGUAUCAUGAUAUUCUUAAAAUAAUAUUUGAAAUCAAAAUCACAUUAUGUGUGAAAUAUAGUUAUGAUUAUAAGUAUGAUGAAAUUGU